GUUGCUCGCUCGCUGUACUUUACGUUCACAAUGCGCGAGCGCUACGACGUAUUGUCCUCUUAAAAAAAAAAAAAAAAAAAAAGCGGCGUGCUGGAGCACCGAAUUGGUGUCUGUUUGCAUGCUUGCUUCCUUCCCUCCUCCACUUGUUUCUGUUGCAGCCAUGCUCUUGUCGGUUGUUGUUUCUUGCGGGGCUUGUGUGUUCGUGCCCCGCUGUGCUGAUGCUGAUAUGACGGUUGCAUGAGGUGUUUUGACUUCAAACUCGUCCGUUCGUUCCCUUGAGCCAGCAUAUUAGCAACCCAAAUGGCGGUUGUUUGGUUCCCUUUUGCAGCCAAAGCGUGUCUGGUUUGAACAUAAAAGGGGCAGGUUCCAACCGACGCCACGGUGCCUGAUGUCAUUUGGACUGAGCCGGUUUGUAGCAUGGCAGGGCGAGCACACGCAUGGCCGGGAUUUGCACAAGUUGGCCACUUGAAAUGGCCUGUAAAUAUCGUGUGCUUUCUAAUGUGUCUGAAAAGACGAGGUGGGAAACGUUGAGGCGCGAGGAUCUGCUCGUCGUGCCGCUUUACCUGCUGUCAUUGUGGGGCAGAAAGGCGCUGGCAAGGGACAAAGGAGCUCGGCUCAGUUGAGGAAAGGAAAGCCUCGCUCGCUCCCUCCCUCCCUCGCUCGCUCGCUCGCUCGCUCCCUCCCUCCCUCGCUCCCUCCCUCCCUCGCUCCCUCCCUCCUCGUCGUAUUCCCGCCCUCUGCUGCCACCGCGGAUCGCUCCUUCUUUCACUUGAUCUGCUCAAUUUGCUCCAAGCUUUCGUUGUAACUAUUAGUCCCGUUGGCAACCUGAAGGAUGAGACCAGAGGCUGCUUCAUUUCCAAUCAAACCAUGGCAAAUGUGAGCCAGUCUAUUGGUCUUCAACUUGGCUUUGUAUCCCUGGCUGGGGUUCCUUCUGCCUUCCACCCCGAGCAUCUCAGCGCUUGCAGCAGCAGCAGCAGCAGCAGGACUUUGCUUCUCUUGCUCCAUCGGCCUCUGGUGCUUAACAUAUACUUCAAAUGAAUCCAUUAGAAGCGAGGUGACUGAAGCCAAUGAAAUAUUUACUGGUGUUCUUGCUGCAGACUGGUGGGAACUCCAUUCAAAGAUGCGCCAAAUAAGGCUAAAUGCUAUGAAUUGGAUGGAAAGAAUGCAAGCAAGCGAGGCCUUGCAGCGUUGCCGUUUCUUGUUUAUCUGGUGGCUGCCGAUCUGGCAAACCAUCUGGCACGCUUGCCGCUGAUUGGUGCAGACAUGAAGCAGAUGGUGAGAUGAUGGUCAGUUGUUUUGGACCCUGCUUAAAGAGCACAUUGCCUAGGCAGAGGUCACUAAGCUGAAACUAGAGCUAAAGCUCUUUAGCUCAGGGAGUAUUAUGGUGUCUGAGGAACACUCAUUUGGCAGGAAAAGCGCUGGAAUGGACCAGUUUGUUCCCAUUUCAAAUGUCUAACCUACAUCAGAAACAAAGGAAUUCAUCACCACAAAAAGUCUUUUCUAGAUAGAUAGAUAGAUAGAUAGAUUAUAGCCCUUUGAUCUUCAUCACAGCGCCUCAAUGCCGUUGGCUGAUGCAAGGCGCCGCCAGGCUCACUCAGAGCAAAUGAAGCUUCAGUGUCUUGCCAAUAGUGCAUCUUCCGCGCUUUUUUGGGUUGGUCAUUGUGAAAAUCCCAGAUAUUUUUGCAGAACAGACCAAAUAUUUGACCAAGUAGCCAUCCCAUGCAAUCAAUCAGAUGAUUCCCUUGGGCUGCUCCAUUUGUGUGUGUUGUGCAGUGCAAUGCAAUGCAAUGCAAUGCAAUGGCAGCCACCACCACCCUUGCUGGCUUAGUACCAUGCCGUCUUCUCUAACGCUCAUUCAUACUUGCGUACGUGCUCAAUACUGUCUGUACGCGUGGAUGAGCGAGAAAUAGGAUAUCCCAGAUGAAAGUGAGACAUAAUCGGGGCAGAGAUGAGAAAAAGUAGGACAAAGACACUCAGUCAAAGUGGUUUGUUGCAAGUGGACUCAUUGGUGUACUAUAAGCAUGCUGUUCUGCGUUUGUAUUUCUGGGCCAAAUAUUUCAGCUAAAGUGACCUUCUUGUAUGUUUGCAGAUGAAGAAAAGAAAAAUAAAAAGAAGGGGGAAAAAGUGGCAAACGUCUGCCUUAGCGCUACCGUCGUGUUUUCUUUGCGUCCAGGGCGCCACCGGGAGUGAUGUCGACGGGCGACGAGCAGGAGGCAGAGGCAACCGUGCCCGUAUACGUGUACGAGUCCAAGGUCCACUGCGCCAAUGUUUUGUUGAGCCUGGAAGAGCAGCGGCGACAGGGCGUCCUGUGCGACGUCACCGUGGUGGUGGAGGGCAGGGAGGUCCGAGCGCACAGGGCCAUCCUCGCUGCCAGUAGCCGCUACUUCCUGCAAGCCCUGCUGGGAUACAACGGCCCGCCGGGGGAACCCGUCAUUAACCUCCCGGACAAGGUUAGCGCAAAGGGCUUUGCCCCGCUGCUCCAGUUCGCCUACACGGCCAAGCUGCUUUUAAGCCGGGAGAACAUCCACGAGGUCAUCCUGUGCGCCGACUUCCUGGGCGUCCACAAUCUGGAGGAUUCUUGUUUCCGCUUUCUUCAAGCCCAGCUGCAGAAUGACACACAACGGAGCGGCAAGAAGGAAUACAGCAAUGAAUUUUACGAGCCGCGCCAUUCCACAGACGGCGGGCAGCACGCCAGCAAUGUAGCAACCGCAAAGCCACUUCCGACCGACCUUCCCGGGUAUCGGCACGACAGCGAGGGCCGUGACGACCACCGCCGUGACGACGACGACGACGUGAUCUUGGCCGCCGACCGUCACUCCGGCAGCCCCGUAAGCUCGCAGCUCACCGACUGCACCGAUGGCACCACGCAAGCGCUUAUCAGCCCCUCGCACAUCAAAGAGGAACCCAUCUUUGAGGACGAAGGAGACGACGGACGCGCGUGCAACCGAGAUUUGUCCAUGGAAGAGGUGCUCGAGAUGGAGUUAGAAGUGGAAGGGGUUCCCGUAGCGGCCGAGUGCUCCCCGAGCCACAGCGGCGCCGGCGGCGGCGGCUCGCCUUCAUCCUGCCUGCGCUCGCCUUCGUCCUGCCUGCGCUCGCCUUCGUCCUGCCUGCGCUCGCCUUCGUCCUGCCUGCGCUCCUACCUCCAAAGAGGAGGACUGGAUCUCAGCGGCGUGCCGAGCGCCACCAUCGAGCAGCUGCUGUCCAACAGACUGUCCCUCAGCCACUACAGGGAGAUAGUCAAGCACAGACAUAAGGACAAAAGGGAAGCGGCCAGCGCACCGCCGGAUGUAGCGGGAGCAGCGCUGUGUGCCGGCAAAGCCUCCUCCUCCUCGUCCUCCUCCUCCUCCUCUUCCUCAUCAACAACCUCAGGGGAGCUCGAUAGACGCAGUGUCAUUUUCUCCUCAGCAGUAAGUGAUCAUCAUCAUCAUCCCCACCACGGGGGGGAUGACAAAGUCCCGGGCUCGGAUACGACGUCUUGUGGCAGCUCGCGUCUGAUCCCAAACUGCGUCAAGACGUGGCGCUAUUCCCCCGUCCCGUCGGAGCCCCUGACUCAGACUUGCAGCUCCCACUCUUCUUUCUCGUACGCAGAGGACGGGGGAAGCGGCAGCAGCCCACCUUCUUCCAACCUGCAACAAUUGGACUUCUCCCUUUCCCCGCCGCCGCCACCGCCGCUGCACUCUGGCUGCAUGUCUGGACUCUCUCAGUGCCUGGUGAGCAGGGACGAGGCCAGGGAGCUCCACGGUGGUGGAGAGCUCGUCUUUUCUCAGGGUUGCGCCAAGAUCAAAAGUGAGCAGGGAUUCGGCGCCAGCGGUGGAAAUUCCAGCGACGAGUCGGGGGGCUCUUUCUCCGAGGGAGACAGCGAAAGUGGCAUCAGAGUAUCCGGUCCUGAGGUAAAGCUCCCUUUUCCGGUGGACCAGAUCACCAACUUGCCACGCAAUGACUUCCAGAUUCUCAUCAAGAUGCACAAACUGACCUCAGACCAGCUGGAGUUCAUUCACGACAUUCGCCGUCGCAGUAAAAACCGGAUCGCCGCCCAGCGCUGUCGUAAACGGAAGCUGGACUGCAUCCAGAACCUGGAGAGCGAGAUCCGCAAGUUGGUGUGUGAGAAAGAAAAACUGCUGAGCGAGCGCAACCAACUGAAGGUGUGCAUGUCUGAGCUGUGGCAGAACCUCUCCUUCCUCUCCCAGCAAGUGUGCCGAGAUGUGCAGGACAGCCGCUCGCCUCCUCUCUCCGGCGCUAUGGACGAGGCCUCCUUCCGCGCUCCAAAGUCGACGCUCGGAGUUGGAAGCGUGUCGGCGGCCGAGAGCAAGGAUGGGCAGCCGGGGGCGGAGCUCUCGGCAAAAGGCCCGCUGGCGUUUGAGGAAAUCUUCAGUCCCAGCGUAACUGUGGAUUUCUGUCAGGAAAUGAUUCAGAAAUGCACGACGGAAGAACAGAAGAGACACGACGGCACUUAAAGUUCAGUCGUAAGCGGACGCCUUCCUAUCGGUCGAUCGAUCUGUAUGUAGAUGUUUUAAAAGGAAGGGACAGCAAAAUGGUCCUCCCAGCAAUACUCCUCCACAGGUAUCUUUUUCCAAAAUGACGGGCAGCUUUUGACUGUUUGUUCCUCGGCUCGGCUCGGCUCGGCUCGCUUUCCUCCUUCCUGCGGGCAUUGCAGGAGGUUCAACUCAGGAAUUUCUCCGAAUGUUCACCCAAGUCCUUUCGACAGCAAACCUGGCAAGUUGACCACCUUGAAGUACAUACCUCUUUUUUUCUCAUUUGAUUGACAAUCUUGGGCUCCCAAUUGACAUUUGCGUACUGCAAAUGGUGGCCAUGCAAAGCGGAUAAGACGCCGAGCCUUUUUGCCCCAUGCUACUUGCCGUGGCCACAAACUUGGUGGCAUAUGUGGUGUGCGUCGGUGGCUGGUCCAAAUUGUGCUCGGGAUCUCAUUGUUGUCCCAGGCUGUAUGGUGGGACUAGGGCACUUUUUUUUGUUUUUGUUUUUUUUGGGUUGCUCCCAUUUUGGUUGUAAUGACAGCCUUGCCAUGGGAAGUGUGUCCCUACAGGUAAGUGACACUUUCUUUUGCAUUGUCACAUUUUGGAUGAUGUGGUUGUCUGGCGCUAAUUUUGCUUCGAUCAGGAUAUUAGGAGCUGGGUGAGUCCCAAGCUAUUUGAUGAUGUCCCGCCCACACUUUGCCAAAUGUGUUACUCAACACCCUGAUCUGGAGGCUUGAUUGACGAGUGUUGAUUUGAGUUUUGUUCAGCAGUGUUCUUAGAAGUUUGGGUUUUGCUUGAAAAGGGUUAAGGAAGAGUCUACUGCUGAACCAAGUAGAAUGUCAAAAGACACGCAUUUUGAUUUGAUUUGAAUUUGAGCUUCCCAAAACAGCCUAGUACAACUUUGUGGAGCUUUUCUCGAGGCACAAUCCAUCUCAACUGGCCUGUAAUUGACUCAAGACUUUGCUGUUAAAGGGGGAUUGCAUACAUUUGAGGAAAUGGUCCAAAAGAGCAAGUGUCAUUAUGCAACAUUUCUACAUCCAACUGUCUUUGUUGAAUGGAUGUGCCUAUUUCGUUGUUUUUCUUUGAAACUUGGCAUAUGCCUGAUGAUGGCACUUACUAAAUGUCUUCAUUCAAACAAUAUUCCUUCCGCACGUGCCUAUCUUAACAUUGCUCCGAUCCAUCUUCCCAAUGAUGCACAAGUGUUUUUUUCCCAAGUAUCUCACGAGUUAUUGUGCUCCUCACAAUUCGGUAACUCUAUUUUGAAUGUUUUGAUGACGUUGCUCCAAUGAAAAGUAAUCCGUUUCUAUGGCUGUGGCUAGCCUUUCAUAUUUCUUCAAUCAAUUCCAAUGAUGAUGGGAUGCUAAAAAUAUUGAUCCGAUUAGGCCUUGGGUGUUCAUGCGAAACAAAUCACGUCGACAUGCGCAGAUUGACAAAAACUACCGGAAAUCCUAGUCGAAGAAGCUGUCGCGACCGACGUCUGUGUCAACAAAACGACGAUUGUCGUCGGAGACAACUUGUUCCCGUCUCACUCUUCUUUCUCAUGUCAUGAGAGAAGAGAUCAAUUCACCAAAUGUGCUCCUCGCAACCUAUUGCCCGUCCAUGCGUAAAUUGGGGUGGAAACAUUGUUGCGUCUCUCAGCGACAGUUGCAUACUUGGGAGAUGGCGGCUAGUUUUGUUAAGACGGUCAAAAAAAGGACAGACGACGUGAUCAUCCAUCUGCUUCAUGCAAGUCAAAAGUGGGAUCUAAUUGUCAUUUCACGUUUGUACCAAUCUAACUUUUUUUCCCACCAACGUUUGAUGCUUCCGUUAGCCCAUUGUCACGCGACACACGUUUUGAUGUCAAUGUGGCAGCGUUUUUCCCAAAUACGCUAAAACCACACUGGUGCAUUAUUGAGUAGGGGUAAUGCCAAAUGGAAGGAAGGGCCAGGCGGAGUGCCGCCGCCGCCGUUUGUUCCAGGUUGAAGGUCCCAUGUUGAAGCCGUUUGCAAUGUCGACCAAACAAAGGCCUCUUCUGCUUACUUGACAUUACGUAGCGGCAUCAUUGACGGCCCUUGAACGUGCGUGCGUGCCUGGAACACAAAUUAUUUUCCCUCUUGCAAUUGCGGCUUGUUUUUCCACAGUAGAUAUUGACCGGCUUCGUAUGACAUCUUAAAUGUGAACUUUAUUUAUUUGGGCUAUGGUGGAGGUGAAAUGACAUAGAUGAUGGGCAGCUUUCUCACACUCGUUCUAGUUAACAAUUCCACCUGUUAAUUUAGUACUAGUCAGACGUGUACUCGCGUGUAAGUUGUAAUGUUUUCCUUAAGACGAGUGAGCAUGUUUACGAUUUUACUGUAUUGCGUUUUAUUUUGCUUUUGUAAAGGUACUACUAAGACCCCGUUAUGAAGUUCAUUAGAAAAGCAUUUUGUAAGUUAGCUAAAUGUUGAUGAAUUGGAGGGAAAAAUAGGACGAGUGCAGCUAAGUUUUCUUUCUCCUACAAAGGCCAGACUAAGUGAAAAGGUUUGAUUUCAUGUCACUUCGUCUAUGUCAUGAUAAUGGUGAAAUGCUCGUAUGGUGAAGAUGAGGCCACUGGGGGGUGAAAAAAACAACAAGAAAAAUAACGAUUGCGUGUGUAUAUAUCUUCCCUUUGUGUAAAUAUGGAGAACAAGAUUGUUCAAUAGUAAAUAAAUAAUCAAAGCAGCCAAUCCAAAUGAAAAUGGAAAUAUUUCUGCCUUUAAAUGACAAGAAUGGGAAUAGCAGAUUGCACCCCAAGCGCUAGGCGGAUGAACACUUUCCUUUUUUAUUUUGCUAAGGGUCACAACAAAAAGAUCAUAGUACCUUUCAUUGUUUACUUCUUGUAUUUAUUUCAUUUGGACUAUUUUGUUUCUCCAUAUAGUGUAGAUGCUAACUUGAAGCUUAAGGAAAUGGAAAUGAAAUUGCACUUAAAACAUCCAAAUGAAGAAUGAAAAGUUUGCGCUUCUAAAAUAAUAAGGUUGACAUUCUUGUGUUGAAAAUGCCUUGACUGGUUUCAGUGUGUGCUUUGAACUGGUCGCUAUUUGUGUUUUCUUCUCUUUCCGCUCAACUAAUGUUGCAUUCAGAGGUGUUGAUGGAGAAGCAACGGCACUGAUGCGCAAAUGCAAUGAUGCUUUGCUUUGCUUUGCUUUGCUUUGCUUUGCUUUGCUUUGCUUUGCUUUGCUUUGCUUUUGCCAUCCAUCCAUCCAUCCAUCCAUCCAUCCAGUCACAGAAAUCAAUUUGGAGCAUGGGCAAAGAGUAGUAACUCUGAAAAUGGUCCCAUGCCAAAAGCCUUGCCUGUGUGCAUUGCUGCUCCUAUUGUAUUCUGUGGAAGCAGGCGCACCAAGAGUUUCUAUCGCUCUUCUCCAACGAGCCUCGAAAACAAACGACUGCGUUAUUUGAAUUUGUGCACGACUUCCUUUUGAGUGGGAACCGCUGCUGACGACGAAGCAUUGCCAUUUUCAACGCCUCUGAAUGCGGCUCGGCUCAGCCGAUAAUUGUGACGCUCUUCUCGGGCCUUUUUUCACUGGGUGGAAAUGAAAGGAAGUACUACUUCAACUGAUUUGUUGUCCAUUCCAGCUGCAACUAGCUCGACUUGUUUCUCAGAUUUGGACAUUUCUGAAAAGCUCCGUUGAACUCACUUAAAACAUAUCUACCUGGAUAAUUCAGCAUACAUACCUCUUUUUGUGGGUAACGAUAGACUGUACGUAGUUUCUGUGGCGUUGUUUGUAACUUUUUACCCUUUGAACAUUCUUGUAUUUGUACCUUUUGACAUGUUCUCCUUUUUUUGAGUACCUGCAACACGACUGUUCUAGGCAGAUUCAGCGCUCUUGAUUUCAUUUUGUACCUCUGAAUGUUCAAAUGGCACAUUUAGUUUCGAGAAGAUUUUUGGGGUAAAUGUGCAACACGUCACGUUCCUUUGAUAUGAAAACAUGAGACGAAACCAUUUUUUUUGUCGAGGAAUAAAUAAAACAAAAAGCA